AAAAGAGUGUAAAAACUAGCUAGCUUGCUAGGUUAGCCGGUUAGCCUGAUUGAGGCUGGGGAACUAGCCAGCUAGUUCUUGUUCAUUGCUAGCGAAUAAUGUAUACGUGCUACUGUACAUAAUCUCACUACUUUGUUAACUCAGUAAAUAUCAUUUACGCGUUUCUUUAUUUCCAUAUCAUAAAUACAUAAACGCCUAAGAUUGUUUUGAUGUGUUCGGCUUCCCCAGUAGAUUCCUCUCAAUGCCCGCCCCUUUAAUUUUCUCAUUGGUAGAGUUGUGAGAAACACUAGCGCGUGAGGCCUCUUAUUGGGUUGUGAGAACCUCCUCAGCCAAUCAGUCAUUGUUGCGUUAUUUGUUGCUAACGUUGCUGGUGACUGCCGACAGCGGAAGUAGGAAAGAACACUUCCUGGAUGUUAAGCAAAUAAAUAUGGUUCUGUUCGUCUUCGGUAAACAGUUAAAAGACUUCUAGGUCGCUGGUUCUGUUCAGAAAUUGAUCUCUAACUUUUAUUGUAUUCUUCGUGCGCGUGAGGAAAACUGUACACGUCCUGUUGUUUGUUUUGCCGAGUGGGAGGUUAGUCGGCAGAUGGGCUCGUGAUGGCAUGAAGAGGAGGGAGGCAUUAACAUUGGAUGAGCUUACAAACAGUAAUUGAAAAUUCAAUGGUGGGCUACAAGCACCUGACAGAAUAGACUUUUUCCACUAAGGACAACGGAACCAUAAUUUCCCCCUGUUUUCUUGUUUUUUUUUUCACUCAAGCUCCAUCUUUGUAAUGGUUUCUCUACAUUUUAUACUUAACUGUGUAAUGUAAAACACUGACAGUAAGUGUUCCAGUUCAACCCUCAUCCUGUUAUAUUUUUUUGUUUUGUUUUUAACUUUCAUUUUGUUUCCUUUGCCAAGAAAUGCUUUACUUGAAAAAGUACUUCACAGAGGGUCUGAUUCAGUUCACUAUCCUCCUAAGUCUCAUUGGGGUGCGGGUGGACGUGGACACGUAUUUAAAUAGUCAGCUGCCCCCGCUCCGUGAAAUCAUCUUGGGCCCAAGCUCAGCCUACACACAGACACAGUUUCACAACCUGCGUAACACCCUGGAUGGCUAUGGCAUCCACCCGAAAAGUGUGGACCUUGAUCACUUCUUUGCCAUUCGCCGGCUGCUAAAUCAGGUGCGUUCGCUGGAUCACCUGCGUGUGCCCAGCACUGAGCUGAACGCUUGGCUAGUGCACCGGGAUCCUGAGACUGUGGUGUCUGCAGCCAGCCAGUCCAGUCCUAGCAUUGCCCUGGACAAUGGCGGCAGCCUUGAGGACGUGAACAACUCUGAACCCUCGGCCAUGAGAGGGGCCGGUAGCACUUCUGAGUCAACCUACAACCUUAGUGGAGUGGACAGUUUGGGUGCUGUGGCCCCUGAGGCCAACCAGGAGCAAGGCAACAGAGACAGCGUUGAUGAGCUUUCUAAAGAGGACAUAGACCUUAUAGAUAUUCUCUGGAGACAGGAUAUUGACCUCGGGGCUGGACGGGAAGUUUUUAACUAUAGCAGCAGGCAGAAGGAUGGGGAGGCAGAUAAACCGAACGAGGCAAAUGAGGAGGCAGGUGUACGAGAGGAGGACUGGAGGAAUGGAAUCAAUCUGCGGGAGGGUCAGGGCAUAACUAUUGUGGAUGGAGAGACUGGCGAGAGCAUACCUGAGGAGCUCUCCAGCCUUGGCACACAGACCUCAAUGUCCCUACAGGAAUGUCUGAGGCUUCUGGAGGCCACAUUCCCUUUUGGUGAAGAAUCUGAGUUCCAGACUACAGAAGCUGCCCCUCAACUGAGAGGCCCAGCAGAAAAUGUACCGUCAACAUCUCAGGGGCUUUCACUGCCUGCCCCUUUGCCUCAGUCUGAUGCACCUUUAGACCUGGAACAGCAAUGGCAGGACAUAAUGGCAAUUAUGGAACUACAGGAAAUGGAUGUGAAUAACACAGUAGAAAGCACCAAUGUCAACAACCUGAAUAACACUGGUGGUAACACAAGUGAAUCAGGCACAAUGGCGAGUUUUGAUGUUCAGCAAUCCAGUUUGAUCAACCAGGAUGUGAGCCUUCAUCAGGCGUCCCUCCCAAGCUGCAGCCAGGAUCUCCCCAACCUUUUCAACUCUGAAUUAGAGCCCCCUGUCGAAGAGAGGCCUACUCUAUUUAGGCUCUCCUCCAACAAUUCAUCCAAUAUCAACUCAACUUUUGGAGUCACAAAUCUCACCGGACUCUUCCUUCCACCACUCAACAGCACCAACAACCUAACUUCUUCACCAGUGCUGCCUGAUCCCUUUGUUAGCUUACUGGAGGAGUCCAUGCUGGACGAAAUCAGCCUGCUAGACCUUGCAAUGGAGGAAGGGUUCAGUCAGGCUCAAGCUUCUCAACUAGAAGAUGAGCUUGACUCUGACUCAGGAUUGUCUUUGGAUUCUGGACACAGCCCUGUCUCUCCGAGCAACUCUGAGACAUCGUGUUCCUCAGCUGCAUCCUCCUCCUCCACGUCAGCUACUUUCUCUGAGGAAGGUGCUGUGGGCUACAGCACAGAUUCUGAAGUGGCCACAGCUGAAGCUCAGGAGGGAGCUGUUGGCUACCAGCCCGAAUAUAGCAAGCUGUGUCGCAUGAGCUAUCAAGAUCCCUCUCAUUUUCAUAACCUACCACAGCUGGACAGCAUUAAUCAUAACCAUACCUACAAUCUGCCACUGGCCUCCUCAUACCCUGAGCAGCCCCAGCUGCUCGGAUCCUGCAGUAAAAAGUGCAGAGACAAACACCUACAACAAACCAAGAUGCAUCCACCACGAGAGUUCAUCGACAAACAGUCGAGCCGUGAUGAACGUCGGGCUAGAGCAAUGAAGAUCCCAUUUUCCAAUGACAAAAUUGUCAACCUUCCUGUUGAGGAGUUCAAUGAGCUUCUGUCCAAACACCAUCUCAGUGAGGCCCAGCUUUCCCUCAUUCGUGAUAUCCGCAGACGUGGCAAAAACAAAAUGGCUGCGCAAAACUGCCGUAAACGCAAACUGGACACCAUUAUCAACCUUGAGCAAGGUGUGCAGGAUCUACGGCGUGAUAAAGCCCGGCUGCUGAAGGAGAAGAUGGAGUGUCUGCGCUGUAUCAGGCAGAUGAAGCAGAAGGUGCAGAACCUUUAUCAGGAAGUGUUCAGCCAGUUGCGUGAUGAAGAAGGCAGGCCUUACCCUCCUAGUGAGUAUUGCCUGCAGUACAGUGCUGAUGGUAGUGUACUCAUUACACCCCGAAGCAUGACUGUUGAGCAAAGCCGGAAGCCUGACAAGAAACCGAAGGACAAAAAGAAGUGAGGAACUGCUCCUUUUUUUUUUUGCUGCGAGGCUCCGCCACAAAAAAAGCUAUAAGGUGGAAGUAAAUGCUGUUUUUUUUCCUUUGAGAAGAUUCUAGCAAGGAAAAGAAAAUUGCACUGUCAGUGUUGUCCCUGCAUUAGGUUUUCUCCUUUCUCCUUUCUUUGGUUCAAAUAUUUUCUUCAGAAAAUAUGAAGCAGAAUUGCUAUUCAAAGUAUCAAUUUUCUGUUGUUUUACUUGGAAUAUGAGCAGAAUGGUGAAUUGACUUGACUGAAUCGAAGAAGAGUAAAAGAGGCAAACCGCAGCUGUAGAGACACUGACUAGUCUAAGAAUAAAUUGAGUAAUUGACCUUAAUUUCCAUCACGAUCCCAAAAACAAAAUGAAUGUAAGGCAGCAGGCCUUAUCAGCUUGGAAAGGUCAUUAGACUCUUUAGUAUUGGCCUCUUAAAUGGGUGAAAGCCCUGCUUGGUAGUCAGUCCUUUACGGGCUAAAGAAGGAGGCUCUUCUUCUGAAAAUGGUGAAGAAGCAAUUGGAAGUUUGAAGAUGAACUUUUGCGUCAAGAAAACAAAAGAAAGCAUACCUUUGGUAACCAAUGGUUGUGCAUUUCUUUUUGUUUCCAGUUCCAUCACAGUGGUCACUUAUAUACCAACAUCAGUGUGAUUUCAGUGACAUUAACAUCAAGGAAAUUACAUUUCCUUUGGACAGUUCCAUAUGAAACCUUACAGAGGUUUCUUUGGGUAUUAAAUGCCACUUGCCAUGGAAUUAGGAAAAGAUGGCCAAAGUGGAAUGGUUAGGAAUGAGUUUAAAGUAAUGUUUAAGGAUUAAAUGAAUGAGAUGAAAAUUAAAUACUGAGUAAAGGUGCACACUGCAUUACUAAUAAAACAGCUUCUGUGCUCUGCUCAAUGCUGUAAAUCAUCCCUGUUGCUUGGCUGUAAGCUCUCAGUUGUAAGCAACAUUUUUCUUCUGCAGGCUAAAAGGUGAGAAUCUUCUUGAAACUUUCCUUAGUUUUCCUCCCAUGUGCAUAAACUACAUGAGCUACAGGCCUAAUUUUUUUCCCUCUUAAAUUCUGUCAAGAGUGCUUCACUGCUUAAAACUGGACAUUCUAAAAAGGAAAAAAAAAAACUGUACAGAGUUGUUGUGCCGAAUUUCAGCUCAUCUGCUUUUCAGAGUUAAUUUCUGGCUUGUUACCAGAAUGCUAUGUUCUUUAAUCAACCAGCUCAAAAUACAGUUCUUACUGUUCUAAAGACAUUUUUUCUUUUAGUUGAGACUGUUGGCUUAAUGUUUGCAUCAUUACAGAUCCUGCUAGUUCAGUAGCAGUUUUUUUUGGAUAAAGCAAUGUGUAAAAUGUUGAGGCACAUCACAUUUUUUCAUUAUUGUAUUUUUUUUUUCUUUUUCUCUAUUUCCUAUGGAACUUCCCCUGUUAAACAGACAAAACUUCAGAACACUACCAUUUUUCUGUUUAGUCAAUAAAAUCAACUUGAGAUCUGAAAACCUGAUUAGCAUAUACCACACUGGAAUCUGAUCAUGCGUAAGUGCAGCAUAAGAGUUGCUUUCAGACUAUUCAGGAAAAUCAUUUACAAGUAAAAGAUAAAAUGGACCUUUAGCAUUAAUAAGAAAGCUUUAAUCUUCACGUAUAUAUGGUCAUAAUUUAUUCACUUUUAUUGGUUUCCAUUGCUCAUCUUUACUGCACACGUACCAAGCCAAAUGUGUGGAAUUAUUUUCUUGUUAUAAGUGAAGAUCGCAAUCAUAUUAUCCUUUUAUGAAAAUUCACAGAAUUGUUCAUAUGCAACUGCGAUGUUAACUUUGCCCUCAUGUCCUAAUUUACAUCUUUACAUAUCUUGUUCUGGUGGUUUCCAGUCUAAGUUUAUGUUGAGUUGUUAACCAAAAGGGCAAACCGCAUAAGUAUGUAUGAUGCCAAUUCAAUCUUAUACUAUAUUAGUUUGAGGAGAAUAAUCUAGACAGGGAGCUGUGGGGGCUGACCUCAGACAGAGAGAGAGACAUUCAAACUUCAAAACAAAAGUUAUGAAGUUCUUCAGCCAGGACAGGGGAGUUCAUGCAUGAGUCAGCAUGGCUCAUUACAGCCUAAUACAAGCCACAUUUGGUAGUCAUUUGAAAUUCAAGAUCAGUUGAAUUAAGUGUUUAUAAAUGUUAUUGCCACAACAGCUCUUUGUAGAUAAUAUUGUGGCCUGCUGGCCUUCAGAUCACAUUCUCUAAAGAUUAAAAAGACAAACUGUCAGAACUAUGCACGUAAAGCAGUAUUCUGUAAACCUAUUAAGUAGUGUGUGAAUGUUCAAAUAAGUAUUUGAAAUGGCCACAUGAAGAAUCCAUUAAGUCUUUAAGUUGGCUAAAGUUGCAAUUCUUAAAAUAAAGAGUUAGCAGAAAGUACACCCGUGUACCUGUUGUGCUCGGCCUGGUUGUUGCAAUAUGCAAGGAAAUAAAACGUCACCAUUGUGUUUGACGAGACCAUUCUACAAUAUUUAAUAGGUAGUAAUGGAGUAGAUCCAGCUAGUUAUUUAAACUACAAUAAAAAAGAUUGGGCAUGGAAAUUGUGCUUAAAAUAGAUAAAGUUCCUGGUCUUAUGCUGUCACUACUUCUCAUCAUGCACUGAUUUUUUGUUGUUGUCUUGUUUGUGUUGUAAAUAUGUUUAUGUUGUUUUUGAUUUAAAAAUAUUUUGGCCGUCUGUGUUUUACCAGGCCUUCUGACUCCUGAUUUAAUUUUGAUUUUCUUCCUGUUAGUAUAUUUUGAAAGAUUUGCUGGCAAUCUGGGAAUUGUCCUUUUGGUUAAUAAACUUUUUGUUUUUUUAA